CUGGAGGAUGAAGGCAUGGAGAUCAAAAAGCAAAUCACAGGAAUGAUGAGGCUACUGAGCGAUAAGACCAGCAGAGUAUAUCAGCGUGUUGGUACGGAGCAGGACAGCUUAACAAAGGAGCCCCAGGAUAAGCCUCCGAAUUGGGUACAUCAGCCUGCACUUUUAUCUCUUGUGUCAGAAGAUCACCAGAGCAACAGCUGGAACUCUCCGGAGGACCCAGGGCCUUCACCUUCAUCCGUAUCCACCCCAGUCCCAAAUGGUCCAGCUUGUGGCCAGUACAGCACACGCUCCAGAGCCCUCAGGAUUCUCAACAGCACAAAGGGUUUAAUCAAAGGGAAUGAAACUAAUGAUGUUGUUCCUCCUCCUGUGCCAGAAACCCCCUGCUGUAUGUGUAACUGUAAGGGCACCUUGCAGGCCAUUUUGCAGGAACUGCGUGCAAUGAGGAGACUGAUGCAGACUCAAAAAGCAUCUUUGGAGAGGCAGGAAAGGGCAGCAUCGCCAUCUCAACCUCGUCUAGGUCCAGGCCCCAGUUCUCUCCACAGGCCUCGAAAGAGGAGGCCAAUCUAUAAGAUGACUCCGCUAUCUGUAUGUAGCACCAGAAGAGCCGGUUUUACCCCUCUGGAUGCAUCACUGCUUAAAGCUGCACCUGUGGAAUCUGUAAAGCAGGGCGAAUGUGAGAAACAAGACUCAUCUACACCCAACAAUCAUCCCACCUCCUCUGAUGUUUCUGUGCUGCCACCUCAGACCAACCCAGUGACAGUCAACAACACACCUCCUCUCCUGAACCAACUAAGGGAACCCCAGGCAUUAGAGUCUGAGGUGCGUCUUGCAGAAGAUUAUGACGUGUUUAUCUCUAAGGCCCAGCUAGACUCCAUUCUGGUCAACUAUACACGCUCAGGCAGCUUGCUGUUCCGGAAACUGGUGUGUGCCUUCUUUGAUGACGCUACACUGGCUAACUCCUUGCCAAACGGUAAAAGGAAGAGAGGGCUAAAUGAUAACCGUAAGGGCUUGGACCAGAACAUUGUGGGUGCCAUUAAAGUGUUUACAGAGAAAUACUGCACUGAUCACAAAAUAGAGAAGUUGCCUGGGCCGCGAGACUGGGUUCAAAUCCUUCAAGAUCAGAUUAAACUUGCAAGGAGGAGGCUGAAAAGAGAUGCCGUAGAAGCAGAAGACAUCUCAAAUGGACCAACCACAAGUUGUAAUAACAACCAGCCUGCAAGGGAGGGGAGGACAGCAGCGAACACAACAGGUUGAUCCGAUGGCCGCCACAAUGACCUUACAGCAGAGACUCGUCUUCAUUACUUCUUCGAGUUGAUGCAUUUUGCCACC